AUUAAACCGCUUAACUCCACAUUUUCACGAUGUCGCUCGUUACAAAGCUGUCCACCGCAUUUACGCCUCGACUUGCAGCGACGACCACGAUUCCACCUCCACCGUCACGCCCAAUAAUUGACUCACCCAACCUCGAAAGGAGGAUGGGCCGACCAGAGGCUGAAAUUUUGCCGGAGGUGGAACAGAUUAGGAAGAGUUACGCAGCACAAAGUAACACGGAUAAAGCAGAAAACGUCGGGCGAAACGCGGACCUUUGCCUCCUCAACUUUACGAGAAACCAGAUCCGCAUAAUUCACCGGCAAAUUGUUCGCAUGCGGGUCAAAUGCGCAACAGAAUUCGGGCCCCCACCGGAAGCCGCUGGUCCUCUCACUUCCACGCCAAAAGAAGAACCUCGCGUUCUUCGACACAUUAUGAAAUCGUCACCAACCAACAUCGCUCCGUCCAAAAAUUGUCCUUUUUCAUUUCCGUUUUGUCGUGGUGGGAAUGGAAAGGAAGACGCGGCCUCGUCAACGUCAACCUUAAAACUCACAAUGUCCAAUUCCAAUUCGAAGGAUGCGUUGUUCUCAUCUGAGACGAAGCGACGUCUUAUCACGGUCGCAAUCUUACUAUCAGUCAUCCUCCUGUUCGCCAUCCUUAUCACGCAGUAUUCGUCCCCUGCGACUGUGACCACGCGAGAAGAAUAUCGUGACGACGACGACUGUGCCGAUUUCGAGUGGGGUCCAUCACUUUAA